GGACCAGGUGGGAGCUAGGUGACAUUAUCGCCUGCUAGAUUUUCUGUUCUUUGGUACUUUGACAGACUGCUAGAUUUUCGACUUGCUACGCUCAAAGUCUUCAACGUCUUUCCUUCCCCAGUGGGUUAUUUUUUGCGCUCUUGCUCGCUCCCUCGUUCUCUCCAUUUUCCUACUCCCUGACUCCGGAAUCCUCCGACUGGUGGACCUAGUAUAGCGUUCAACUUAAUUUCUAUCUCUCUCGCCCUUUUCCCUGGCAUGGCAGAUAAGUUAGCUCUGCCUCUCUUGCUACCAGGUCCACCUCCCUCAAAGCCAAUCUUCCAAGAACAACCCCGCCAUGCCAACAACACUUCCUCCUCCUCUUCUUCUACGUUAGCUCCUCUUCUCCAAGACCUUCUCCAACAAAUUCCAAAGUCUCCCCAAAACCCCAAUUCUCGAAACCCCCAAAGCCAUCAUCUCCCUCACGCCCCACCGCCCCCUAUCCUCCUCCGAAGACGAACUCGCCUUGGCAAAUCCCGCGAUGAAAACCGAGGAAAGCCCUGGGCCUCUGACCGUCUCUCUCCACAAGGUCAGCAAAUCCUUCAAACCCUCCUUAAUUGCGAAAACAAUGAUUUUAACAUUGAUCAAAUCCUCCGCACUUUAAUUCAGCCGCAGCAACAAGAGUAUUUAUCAGAUAUUGACUUAGAAUGUCUGUCUGCCGACUUAUUAGUUAUAAUUAAAGGUCUAGGAUUCCAUAAAAAGUCUGAAAUGGCUUUGAGUGUCUUUGAGUGGAUGCGGAAUCGUGAUGAUUCCAAAUUCCUCUUGAAUGGUCCUGUCUUAGCUGUGCUUAUCGGUAUCAUGGGUAAGGAAGGUUGGGUUUCCGCUGCCUCUUCUUUGCUACACAGCCUUCGUAGAGAUGGUUUUUCAAUUGAUGUCUAUACUUAUACUUCUAUGAUAACUGCUUGCUCAAGAAAUGGGAGGUAUAGGGACGCAGUGUUGGUUUUUAAGAAGAUGGAAGAAGAGGGAUGCAAGCCUACCUUAAUAACAUACAAUGUGAUUCUUAAUGUAUAUGGGAAGAUGGGAAUGCCAUGGAGUAAGAUUCUUGCAAUUGUUGACAGGAUGAAGAAUGAGGGUGUCCUUCCUGAUUCUUACACCUAUAAUACUCUUAUAAGUUGCUGCCGCCGCGGUUCUUUGUAUGAAGAAGCUGCUAGGAUUUUUGAGGAGAUGAAAUCAGCAGGUUUUGUUCCUGAUAAGGUUACUUAUAAUGCACUAUUGGAUGUUUAUGGGAAGUCACGGCAGCCCAAGGAAGCCAUGAAGGUUUUGCAGGAGAUGGAGGCAAAUGGGUUUUCCCCGGGCACUGUCACUUACAAUUCCUUGAUUUCAGCUUAUGCCAGGGACGGUCUCUUGGAAGAAGCAAUGGAGCUCAAGUCCCAAAUGGUGGAAAAGGGGAUAAGGCCAGAUGUCUUUACCUACACCACCUUGUUAUCCGGAUUUGAGAAGGCUGGGAAGGAUGAAUCUGCGCUGAAGAUUUUCGAGGAGAUGAAAAGUGCUGGGUGCAAACCCAAUAUUUGCACUUUUAAUGCCCUUAUCAAGAUGCAUGGGAACCGCAGGAAGUUUGCAGAGAUGAUGGAGGUCUUUGAGGAGCUCAGGACUAGUCAGUAUACCCCAGAUAUUGUUACUUGGAACACACUGUUGGCAGUGUUUGGGCAGAAUGGGAUGGAUUCAGAAGUUUCUGGUGUGUUCAAGGAAAUGAAGAAGGCAGGAUUUGUACCUGAAAGGGAUACAUUCAACACCUUGAUUAGUGCUUACAGCCGCUGUGGGUCAUUUGACCAAGCUAUGGCCGUUUACAGGAGUAUGCUGGAUGCUGGUAUCAGUCCAGACCUUUCCACCUAUAAUGCUGUCUUAGCUGCACUGGCUCGUGGAGGGCUUUGGGUACAAGCAGAGAAAAUACUAGCUGAAAUGACGGAUGGCUGCCAAUGUAAACCCAAUGAGAUUACAUAUUGCUCUUUACUACAUGCUUAUGCCAAUGGUAAUGAGAUUGAACGAAUGCGUGCUCUUGCUGAAGACAUAUAUUCUGGUGUAAUUGAGCCACAUGCUGUUCUUGUGAAGACCCUUGUUCUGGUUAAUAGCAAGAGUGACCUUCUAAUGGAAACAGAGCGAGCUUUCUUAGAGCUGAGAAGAAGAGGGUUUUCUCCUGACAUUACUACGCUGAAUGCCAUGAUCUCUAUCUAUGGCAGGAGACAGAUGGUUGUGAAAGCUAAUGGGAUUUUGAACUUCAUGUGCCAAAAUGGGUUUACUCCUACCUUAACAACCUACAAUAGCUUAAUUCACAUGUAUAGUCGAUUGGGAAACUUUGAGAGAUCAGAAGAAAUUCUCAGAGAAAUACAGGCAAAAGGUUUAAGACCUGACCUUAUCUCUUACAAUACUGUCAUUUUUGCCUAUGGGAGGAAGGGCAGAAUGCAAGAUGCCUCACGUAUAUUUGCAGAACUUAUAGAUUCUGGGCUUAGUCCUGAUGUCAUAACUUACAAUACCUUCAUUGCAAGCUAUGCAGCACAGUCAAUGUUUGUGGAGGCUAUUGAUGUCAUCCAAUACAUGAUCAAACAAGGGUGUAAACCAAACCAGAACACUUAUAAUUCCGUUGUAGAUUGGUAUUGUAAGCAUGGCAGACAGGAAGAGGCUAGCAUGUUUGUUCAAAACCUUCGCAGGCUUGAUCCAUACAUAUCAAAGGAGGAAGAAUGCCAGUUAUCUGAACGAAUAAGAAGGAAAUAGUUUGAGAGGAUCUUCUGUGGGAAGCAGGAUAACAUAUCAGCUGGUGUACACUUUACUCUCCAAGGAUUGAUUUCAGUUAUCUAUUCUAUGCUAUUUUUUUUCCUUCUUGAAGAUGAGCAGAAAUCCUUUAAUUUCUGGAACUAAUAGUUGCAGAUGAUAUAUGAUCUCAGUCUGGGGCUAGGAUUUUUGUCAUCAGACAACCUUGUCUGGUGGCAAGUUUCUACACAUGUCAAUGGAGAAAGUGUUGAAAGCUGAAUGCAGUGGUAGCAUGUAUUAUGUACAAAAUACCUGCAUAAUUAAAUUAAGUAUCAUUUUGCAGUUGACUAGUGGUCUACUGGUCUCUGCAAAAUAUUUAUUUCAUUGUACUCUUUGCUCUUAAAUAUUGGAUUGUAGAAUUCUAUUCAAUUACUGCUUCCUUU